AUGUUUAAUUAUGUGGUUGAUUAUUUUAAUGAGUUGAGAAAUUAUUUCAAAUAUAACGGAAAUUUUGAUGAUGGAGAGGAUUAUUUUGAAGAGGAUUAUUUUGAAGAGGAUUAUUUUGAAAAGGAUUAUUUUGAAGAGGAUUAUUUUGAAGAGGAUUAUUUUGAAGAGGAUUAUUUUGAAGAGGAUUAUUUUGAAGAGGUAGAGGCUGUUGACAAGAAAAAAAGAGCUAUUGAUGACAAAAAUUUAUUUAUACUAAAUUAUUAUGAGUCAUGA